AUGCAAACCGCAGCAGCAUCAGCAGCAGAAACCGGCACGCUCCCCAGCUUGCUGCCGUUACAAGCCUGGAGCGAGAGUGCUUGGGAUGUCUCAUCUGGAAAGAUUCCUUCCACUGUUACUUCGAGAAGCCUCCAAAAGAGACGUUAUGGGGGGGUUCGAGGGCUCAACAUCGGCGUGGCAGCCCUCGCAGCCGUUGUGGCCGUUGCAGCAGGCUUCUUGGUGCUGCGUUGCGCUGUGUACUUGAGGAACGCUAGCAGAAGCAGAGGAGAACUGAGAUUUCUUGCAGAAGGACGGUGGUCAGAUGAAAGCAGGGGAAACCCCUGCCAUCUACCGCAGGAGAGACCCCCUGCCGGUGCCGCUGCUGCAGGGGAAUACGAACAGGUUGACGAAGGACCUCUUGCUGCGAAUGAUUUGUUGCUAAAGGCCAAAAUUUAUACGGGUAAACUGAUGGAGAUGGUAGAUGGCAGCCAAAGUGUUCUGUGGAGUCUACCUCCCGUAUUGAGAGCCAGGUGCCUCGCAGCGCUGUUGGUUCUGCUUGUGGUGGAGCUCGCUGCUUUGUUCUCUCUGCUGGAAAGAAGAGAAAGGCAAGUCUUGGAAGCAGGAGUACAUGGAAUGUACGGUAGAAUAUGGGACAUGCGAAACAGCGUAGAAAACGAAGAUGUUACCUCUUCGCGGCAGAGGCACAUCAGAUGGCUCCACAUUACCUUUGGCAACCUCCAUGAAAUCGACCCCACUCCAGAGCGCUACCCACAGAGGGACUGGCUAAUGGAACUCCAUAAUUUGUUGCAGCUACAGGAGACAGCCUUGGAACAGGUCAAGCGCGGGAUUGCUGGGCUGAGGCAGUGUGUAAACUCUGAUAGGACAAACGACGACGCCAACCCUGAUGACGCUGCAGAAGAUGCGGAUGUUGCAGGUUCAUCGACACCUGCUGCAGCUAGCGAUGGUGCCACGGAGGAACGACUUGAUGCAACUGUAACUGCUAUGGUGACAACCAUUCAUUUACGCAGGAACCAAGUUCUUAGCGAUCCGCUCUUGAGUGAAUGGCUGCGGAUGCACCAUCAUGGCACUCACUACGCGCUUGUUAGGAGACAAGCUUUGCAGAAAUUAAUCAAUCAGCCCCUUCAGGCCCAUAGCAAACUCCUCGGAGACCUUCGGAGCACUCCGCUUGGAUCCGGCAAAGAACCCUGGUUAGGUAAGAAGAAGGAAAACCAGCCCGCCUUUACACGCCCGCAGCGCUCCAGAGAAAACGCAUAUGCUCGUCCGGAAGACCGACGCAGUGCUCCCGCUUCCCGGCAGCAGCACACGUUUCUUCGCCAAGGCUCACAUACAGGGGCUGGCGCAGAACUUCGUUCGGACUGCGGAGGCAGUGAUGGUGGAAGGCUGGCGUUUUCCCCCCCUGUCUCAAACGCAGAUGUCGACAGCGCCAGGUCUGCUCCUACUCCCAUCUUCUCCAGCACGUUUCCCUUUGUUGCUACUGCUGUCUCCACUUCAUUUACUGCCCCACAUCACCUGGCAGGUUUCCCCGAAGGCUCACAGACAACGACUGACGCAACCGGCUCCGCUCGCACCUCACCUCCCCCCACAACGCUUGUUUUCAAUGAUGAUGACAUCGAUGCUGACACAGCUGCAUCUGAGAGGACGAGAGGGCCCUUGCAGGCCCCGCUCUGCUUCAUCAUGGGCAGCUGUAGCUGCAGGUAG